AUGUCCAAUGUGAAGAGCAGAAGUGCCUACAAGGGGCAACUCACUAGUGUGAAGGGGGUCAUCGCUCAAUAUCAAAGUGAAGAGAUGCUCAAGAGACAUGGCGCGCGCAUCCACCUUGAGAGGCAACUCGAACAAUGUGACAGAAUUCGAGUGAAUUACAACAAGGUGCAGGAUGUCAUCAUAAACGCGGCUGAAAAUGAUGACGAUCGUGAAAGGGAAAUUGAGGAGCAAAAUGCGUUUCUCAGAGAUAUUGAUGACGCUGAAACAGACAUCAAUCAACUGAUUACGGAGGUCAUGAUGCACAGCAGCUCCUUUGAAUCAACUCGUGUAGACGAAGACCAAAUUGGCCAGUUACUCCGAGGAUUCAGCGAGCUCUUGAAUAAGGCACAUGAAGGAUCAAAUUCUCAAUACUCACGGUUGGAACCAGUCAAAGUGCCGACGUUUAGCGGAGCCUACGCUGAAUGGCAUUCCUUCAGAGAUUUAUUCGUAAGUCUCGUUGAUGCAAACCCUCGCCUUACGGACACGCAGAAGUUACAUUACUUGAAGACAUCACUAGCUGGACAGGCCAAAGGAGUGAUAGAUCAUCUCAUGCUGACGGGAGAAAAUUAUGCCAUCGCAUGGAAUGCCCUGUGCAAUCGCUUUGAAAAUCGACGAACUGUCAUCAAAGAGCACAUUGAGCGGGUGAAGAAACUUCCAGCAGCAAAGACUCCACGUGCAGAUGAAUUGAGGAAGAUCUACGAUGUCACCACGACGACGCUGGCUGCCAUUGAUGCCCUCCAGGCAUUCGGAAGAGAUCCCUGGAUUAUCCAUGAAGUGCUAUGCAAGAUGGAUGCAGAGACUCAGACGCUUUGGGCUCGUGAACAGACAGAUAUGCCGACGUGGGACGAGUUCCAGUCACUCACGAUCUCACAAGAUAGCAAAAGUCAAGAUUCAUGUACCGUGUGCAAGAAGGCCUCACACAAGCUUUGGAAGUGUGGUCAUUUCAAGUCUAUGCCAGCUCUCAAAAGACUCGAAACUGUGAACAAUCUCAAUCUGUGCUCGAAUUGUAUCUCAGAAAGUAGGUCGCGCCACCCUAUAGACAAAUGCCCAUAUCCUCCUUGCAAACAUUGUGGCCAAAUGCACAAUUACUGGCUCCACGAUGCUCUCACCCAAUCCCAAUCUGAAUUGCCCAGGGAUGCUCCUAAUCCCGUGCUUGAGGAGACGGCACGUCCUGUCGUUUGCAGCGGCGUCGUUCCAUUGGCCAAUCAGAACAAUGUGGAAGGUCAUCGAGCAAUCUUGAAGACAGCAUGCGUGAAAAUCCUCGAUUCCCAAUCUAACGUCCAUAUUUGUCGUGCAUUAUUGGAUUUUGGUUCAGAGAUCUCGGUUAUGACUACGGAUUUGUGCCAAAGACUGCGUUUGAAUUUGUCCAAGUCUCCCUACGGUCAAGUUGAGGGAUUCCAGGGGCAAAUCAGCAACAUCAAGCAUCAGGUGAAAGCAACGCUUGUCCCUAGAAAAGGUUCAAAUAUUUCCGUGCUCUGUCAAGUCACACCCAAAAUCUCAUCGAACUUACCCACAUGCCGCAUUAACCCGCAGGAUGUUAGAAUCCCGGACAACUUCAUAUUAGCUGAUCCCACAUGGCAUCAAACCGGUCGCAUUGAUUUGUUGAUUGGAGCGGCUCAUGAGGAUGAAAUUAUGCUGGAUGAUGUCUAUAAACUGGGAGAGGGAGCACCAUCGCUACGCAACACCGUUUUCGGCUGGACAAUUGGAGGCAAGUGGCAACCCGCAAAUCCGCUGUCCCAACAAUCCACCGCUGUUUGCCAUACUAUCUCUCUGAAAACCAUUGACGAUACAUUGGAGAAAUUUUGGAAACUCGAAGAACUUCCGGAAGAAAGUCCACAGUCGGUUGAACAGAAAGAAGUUGAGGCCACUUACCAAAGUACUACCCGAAGAUCAGAAACUGGUCAGUACAUCGUGCAAUUACCGUUGAAAGGAAACUUUGGUGAACUCGGAAGUAACCGAAGUAGAGCAGCACGGCAAUUGAACUUCCUAGAAAGACGUCUCUCGAGAAAUCCUCAGCUGUAUGACGAAUACUCCAACAUCUUUGAAGAGUACUUGAGACUGGGAAUUAUUGAGAGAGUCCCCAUAUAUGAACUGAAGUCGAAAUCGUACUACAUGACUCAUCAUUGUGUAGUCCGAGAAGAUGCUCUUUCCACCAAGGUGAGAAUCGUAUUCAACUGCGGAUCAGUGUCGGAAACCGGCAAAAGUCUCAACGAUUACAUCAAAGUUGGGCCGGUUGUCCAACCCGAGUUGAUCAUCAUCUUAUGGAGGUUCCGGCAGAAUGAGAUUGCAUUAUCCUGUGACAUCGUGAAAAUGUACCUCCAAGUACUACUCGAGAAGUUAUUCAGAGAUUUGCAACGGUUCCUGUGGCGGAAAUCCCCUGGAGAGCCAAUGAUAGACUACAGGUUCAAGACCCUAUGCUUCGGAAAUGCCGCAUCACCAUACUUGGCUACAAAAACACUCAUCAGAUUGGCGGAGGAUGAGGGCGAGAAUUUCCCACGAGCUGCAGAGGUUCUGCGGAAACAUUGCUAUGUAGAUGAUUGUCUCCUAUCGGUGAAAUCUGUGGAGGAAGCACUACAAGUGCAGAAAGAACUCAUCAGUUUACUGAGCAAGGCACAAAUGCAAUUAUCCAAAUGGCAAUCAAACUCACAGGAGGUACUCAAGGCCGUGGAACCCGUCUCAAACUCACCAACGGAAAUCUCAAAUCCUGAAAAAAGUGUGAAAGCCCUGGGAAUGAUGUGGAAUCCGGCAAGCGACACGUUUUUCUUCAACGUAGAUCCCACCGUAGACACCCUCAAACCUACGAAGAGAAACAUCUUGAGCAUCAUAGCCCGAAUCUAUGACCCGUUAGGGCUCCUUGCCCCCAUAACCGUUAAGGGAAAAAUGCUUUUGCAAAAUUUAUGGAAGGAUCAAAGCGAUUGGGACUCUGAGAUGAAAGGAGACAACUUACGAGAUUGGAUGAAGUUCCUGGAGGCAAUUCACACAAUUCCCCAGAUCAAAAUCCCCCGAUGGACAUCUUCAUUCGCAGAACCUCUCGAAGAACAACUUCAUAUGUUCUCAGAUGCCUCCAACUUAGCUUAUGGUGCCGCCAUCUAUCGAGUCACCAUAGAUGCAAGCGGAAAAAUUGUCAGUCAUUUAUUAACCGCAAAAUCUAAAGUGACACCCGUGAAGAAGAAAACAAUCCCCAAACUUGAGCUCACCGCCGCAACUCUGGGAGCACAAUUAGUGGACAAAGUUUCUAAAUCCCUCGGGAUUACCAAAGUGUAUUGUUGGGUGGACGCAAAAGUUGUGUUGGCGCAAAUUGCAUCUGCAUCCAACAAGCAAGAUAUCUUCACCAAAAAUCGCCAGAUUUGAUCUCCAGAGGAACCACUGCCAUGGAGUUAGCAGCCUCUUCUCUGUAUUGGCAUGGCCCACAGUGGCUAACAGAGGGAGAAUCAGCGUGGCCCAAUGCAGAAAGUUUCCCUGAAACAGACGAGCAAUCAGAACCUGCCGCCGCGGUACUCA